CUACGUUCUCACGUUCUAUCGACUGACAGCUGCCGCUUUCAUUCGCUCCAGGAAGUGACAUUUCCAGUUCCUCAUGUUCACCAGAUGUAGGGAAUUUUCUGGAAAACUUCUCCAUUUGAGCUGUAUCAUCUCCUUCAAAAACAGCAGAUAUCUCUGUAGUCCGCAGCUUUCUACAUUCCAUUUUUCAUCCUCGCAUUCAUUUCUCGCUUCUCUUUUUGCAUAUUCCCCUGGCCCACGUUUGUCUCUUCAACACCCCCCUCCCUCAAGGUCUAGUUUUCCUGUACUCCUCCAGUCUGAUAAAGUUAUUCGUUAUCUGUCUGGUUUCCCCCAUUCUGCUGGACACAUGGAUUUACAGGGAGUCCUCGAGGUUCUCGAACAGCUUGCUCCACUGUCAUUGGCUGAAUUGUGGGAUAAUGUUGGCCUGUUGGUGGAGCCCAGCAAACCACGUCCAGUCAAAACAAUCCUGCUAACCAAUGACCUCACAACAACCGUCAUGGAUGAAGCUGUAGCGAUGAACUGCGACCUCAUCGUCUCAUACCACCCGCCACUCUUUCGACCUUUCAAACGUCUGCUUCAGAAGGACUGGAAGCAGCGGUUGACUAUCAGAGCAAUAGAGGGCGGCAUUGCCAUUUUCUCCCCACACACUUCAUGGGACAGUGUCGAAGGAGGCGUUAAUGAUUGGCUGGUUGGAGGAAUGGGCAGCGGACAAGUGUCAGUAUUAAGUCAAGCCCACUCCAGCGGCCCUCAGAAACACAGGCUUGAGUUCUCGUCCAUGAAUAAAGAAGAAUUAAACCGCCUUUUGGAGCAGCUGAGACGCAUAGAAGGCAGUGAAACUUUUCAGUGCUCUACAAUAAGAAAUGAAAGUGGAGGGCAGCAGGUGAAUCUAACUUGUAAUAGUUCAGCCCUAACUCCUGCUGUGCAGAUUCUGGUUUCAAAUCCACAUGCCAGCAAAUCCCUGAACAUCACACAAGUCCAGCAGCCUCCCUUGUUGGGUUGUGGUCAAGGACGACUCAGUGUUCUGGAUAAGCCAGUGUCUGUUUCCACAGCAGUGCAGAAAAUGAAGACUCACUUGGGUUUGCCCCAUUUGAGACUCGCCCUGGGGGACCAACAAACAUUAGACUCUAUGGUGAAGACGGUUGCAGUAUGUGCAGGUUCCGGAGCGUCUGUCAUACAGGGAGUAAAAGCAGACCUCUACAUCACUGGUGAGAUGUCCCAUCAUGAGGUUCUAGAUGCGGUUUCUAAAGGCACGAGUGUGAUUCUCAGCGAGCACAGCAACAGCGAGAGAGGCUUCCUGACCGUAUUCAGAAACAGACUGGCUGCACGACUGGGCGACACCAUUACCGUAUCCGUUUCUCAACGAGACCGAGAUCCGCUACAGGUGAUCUGAUCUCAACCGAUCACACAGCCAUUUAGUCAUGUUGGACUGAAUAUAUGGAUAUCACAAGGAAUAUUCAGUUUCUGACCUUUAGUUUGGAAAUGCAAAUGUAACAUUUUCCUAUAAAUAAGCAAAAUAAACUGUCCUAUCCAGCCUACUGUAUCAUAUUUGAUACGCA